UAGCCAAGUGGGGAAAAUUGAUCCCUUUGCCCUAUUGGUUCCCCUGUGUUUUGGGUGGGGCUUAGCGCUAUAUAAAGGGUGGAUUCGGUUAGGUAUGGUGCUGACGCAGUUCCUGUUGCUGGCGGUGGAAGCAGCAGCUGUGCUGUGAGUGGGCAGGGGGUUAAUUGGUUUCCGUAACCAUCCCUUAGCCAUUGGUUGCGGUAUACUGAUCGCAUGGUUGGGGAAAUGCAUGCCGCUGGGGAGUUGCGUCCUGUUGCUGUUGGGGAGGUGGUGAAGGCAGCCCCAGCAGUGGUUUAAGUCUUCCGGUUGGUGGUUUACUGGGGAACGUGGACCUCGCCGCUGUUUUGUCUGUCUGGUUACCAGUGAUCGACAUCUGUGCAUCCUGUGGAGAACGUGGAUUCGUGGGGUGGCCAGAGCGGGACUUUGGUGCCAGGAGUUGCUCGGAGUGCUGCUAUUCCGCUGCCGAUUGCGGCAUCUAGUCCAUGCAUAUACUGCCUCAAGAUUUUGUAUUUUGGUUGUUUUGGUAUGUUUUAUUUUAUUGCAUGUAUUAAUUAUUUGUGUGCCUUGGUUUGUUAAUUUAUUUUGAUUGUGAUGUUGUAUUUAUCUUGGGGGCGGUUAAGCAGGCCUAGCGGGGUAAUGGAAAGUGGCGGUACCCUACUAACCUGGUGUCUUGUUCCCUUAUCUGUGUUUCAGGGCUAGUAGCCUUGCGCAGCACCCGCCUGGUGUAUGGUGGACGUCACCCGUGUGCGUGUGCUGUAAAGUCACCGGUGUUGGUGUAUUACGCCGGGUGCGGGGUUGAUGGCAGGGAUUGGGCGCCUACGGGGUUUUAGAUUUAUGGUGUGGAUUAUUGAACCUUUGCAUUGAAUGUAAUAAAACAAAUAACUUUUACUGGCUCGCGUCUCUGGCCCUUUCCGGUGAUUCGAACCUGUGUGCUGUUUUGAGGGUUGGGGUGUUAGGGUCCCCAGGGCAGUGUCCCUGGGGUGGCGUAGUCGGCUACUCAUAGGGGAAAAAAAGGGGUAUUAUAGAUCGCUAGGCCACAUUCUGGCGUAGUCGGCAGGAUCACCGGAUCAAGGGUGGAGACGUGUUUCAGCUUAGUGCUUGGUUGACAGACAAGACAGCGGCAGGUCCAAUUAGGUGGUAGUUGAUUGAGGGCUUUAUCGGUUGGUUAGGGAGUUUUCCAUCGGGUCCAUUAUGGAUGAGGAACUGCGGCAAUUGCGCGAGCAGGUUGCGCGGCUGGAAGCGGAGAAUGAGUGGUUGCAGCAAGAGAGGGUGGUUGAUAGGCCAUCGGGCAGUACCUCGGGACAGUCUAAUCUUCGGGGUGUGUCCCUUGCGGCUGGGGCCAUGGCUCCUGGGGUCGAGCGAGUGGUGUUGUUUUCUAGGGACAGGAAAUGCCCCAUGUUUAGGGGUAGGUUAGGGCUCAGUAUAUAUGAGUGGGUGGAGGAGGUUCAAGCCUGCAUUCGGGCCCGUCAAAUAGCCCUCGCUGACCAGGCCCUCUUUAUGAUGGACCAUCUGGAAGGGGAGGCUAGGGAAGAAAUUAAAUAUCGGCCCCGGGAGGACAGGGAAAACCCAGAGAGGAUUAUUGCCAUCUUGCAGGAAUUGUAUGGGUGCAAACAGUCUUACGUGGCCUUACAGGAGGCCUUCUUCUCCAGGCGCCAGCAGGAGGGGGAAGGGUUGCAGGAGUUUUCCUUAGCUUUGCUGAGUUUGAUGGGGAAGGUUACCCAAGCUGCCCCUGGUGCCGUGCCCAAUGCGGAGGUUCUGUUGCGUGACCAGUUUAUUGAAUACGUGAGGGAUGGGGCAUUGCGCCGGGAGCUGAAACGGUUUGUGCGACAUCAGCCUACUGCUACCUUGUUGGAUGCUCGCAGUGAAGCGAUUAGGUGGGAACGGGAGGGUACGCCUAGUGUUACUCGGGGGCGUAGUUACUCAUUCCCUGAGGUGAGUGGUAUUCAGUAUGGGGUGCAUGGGGCCUCCGUUAAUAGUCCCAGUCGGUCUUGGGUGGCUGACUUGGGGGAGCUUAAGGAGUUGGUAAAGCGACAACAGGACCAGCUCAGUCAACUGGCCCAAAACUUGCAAGCUUUGCAGAGCCAGCAUGGUCAUUCCUCCUCCAGGGCCCAGGUGAUAUGUCGUCGAUGUCAUCAACCGGGCCACUAUGCUAGGGAAUGUGAGAGGGAGAGGGUUCCUCCUCGUCCAGUACGGCCUGGGGACGCCAGGACUCAAGGUCCUAAGCAGUCGGAAAACUAGCGCCCACCGCACUGUUGGGUCCCUGUGCGGUUGGGGCUGAUGUGGGCCCAGAAGUUGUACCGAGUCGGGGAAGUCCCCGGUUUAGGUUGAUGUCAAAGUGCCCCAAUAUAGAGGUGGUGAUACAGGGUAUUCCAGUUUCCUGUUUACUGGAUACUGGGUCCAUGGUAUCGACCAUUCGGGAGAGUUUUUUUAGGGAGCAUUUCGAGCUAGGGGGUCCCGCUCGUCUUCAGUCCUGCCAUUGGCUGCAACUGCGGGCAGCGAAUGGGCUGGCUAUUCCAUAUUUGGGGUAUUUGGAGCUUGAUGUAGAAUUGGGGGGUACAGUGAUC